ACUAAACCCACGGCGCCCCUACCUGAGUUUCACCCUCUAAUUGACUCUCAAGAGCAUGGGUAGACAAUUUGGAGAGAAUGAAGUGAAGGCAUCAGAUCUCCAUAUCAACUUCGCGCAAUACCUGCUUGAUAAAUACCGUGAGGUAGAUGGUAUCACGUACGAACGGGUCAACAAGUACAUCGAGAAGGCAAAGAAAAGGUACAACGUGGAUAAUCUUCUUACUGCUGCACUUGACUACAUCUUUCGUAAUUUCCGUGAAGUCUACCAUGCGGUUUGCGAUGCACUUGAGGCGGCGCGGGAUAAGGGGCCUAUGCAUUGGACGCACAAUAACUUGGCGGAACGACUUGAGAGACUGAGAGAGGAGAAGUUGGACAAAAACUGGGAGCCAAGGAUGAAAUAACUGUGCAGGCUAUUGUACUGAGCUGAGUGUGGCAUACUAAGUUGAAGGGGCAUCCUACACUUCAGAAUCGAACACUGUGUAUCUAAUGCUAAGG